AUGGAGGAUAAAGACCAUGUCUCGCCUUCAUCACCUCCAUGGCGCCGGUGCCUGAUUCAAGACGUUUUCCAACACGCCCAGGCAGAGCUGCUUGCCUCGGCCGCCGAGGCCACCAGAGGCCCGCGUCCCUCCUCGACCAAGGCGGCAUCGUCGCCUGCCCCGUCGACACGCUCCCGCAGCAGCCACGGCCACGCCAGCGACACCCUCGUCGUCUCCCUCGACGAGCAAACCCUCGACGAGUCGUACAGCCGCUACAGCCGCACCUUGCACAUGGUGCUCCUCGACCCGAGCUACCACGUCUUCGCCUCGCCCCGCGGCCGCGGAGCCCUCCUCUACAAGGUUGCCCAGCGGACGCUGGUCGUCGUCGGCGACCCCAUGUGCUGCAAGGGCGAGAUGGGCGCCAUGCUCGACGAGCUGCAGCGGUUCCGGUCCGCGAGACGCCUCCGGCUGGCCUUUAUGGGCGUCAGCGAGUCCUUCCUCGAGCACGCGCACGAGAAGCGGUGGGCCAGCCUCCGGAUCGGCCGCGAGAGGGUCCUCAACCCCCUCGCCAACAAGGUGCUCGACCGGCGGGCGGGCAAGCGCAUCCUCAGCCAGAACCGCCAGCUGCUCGACCCCGACCGCUUCGCCCUGCGGCUGGCCAUGUACGCCCCCGGCGUGGCGGGCAUCGACGCCGGCGUCGAGGCGGCCCUGGAUGCCCUGUACGGCGACUGGUGCGCCGCCAAGCUCGCGGCGGGCGGCGGCAAGACGCCGCAGGCCUUCAUCACGUCGUACCAACUCUUCUCGCACCGGUCCAAAACCGCCUUUCUGCUGGCCAGGGACCGGGACGGCCGGCUGUGCGGCAUGGCCAUGCUGCGCGAGGUCGGCGCCCACGCGGGAUUCCACAUCGACCCCUGCAUCGCCGCCCCCGACGCGCCCCGCGGCACGACGGACCUGCUCGUGGUGACGGCCAUGAGGCUGCUGCGCCGGGCCGGCCUCUCCUACCUGAGUCUGGGCGUGGAGCCGGCCAGCGAGGUGGGCGGCGGCGGCGGCGGCGACGACGGGUCCAGGUGGCGGGUGGGCGACAUGCUGGCGAAUGCGGCGUACCGUGCAGUGACGAGAGCCAGGGACGUACAGGGGAAGAGAGCCUACUACGACAAGUUCCACCCGGACCCGGCGCUGGAAAGCAGCUUGUACGUGGUGCUCCCCAGCCUGUUUGCCUGGCACGAGGUUCUGGCCGUCAUGAAGGUUGCCCAUGUCCAGGCGAGACGUGCCGGUGCCUGA